AUGGUCAAAGUCACUAUUCUUGGGGCGGGAGUCACUGGCAUGACCAUUGCCAGCCAACUCCCCGUCGACUACGAAGUCACCCUCGUCGGAAAGCACCUGCCCGGAGAUCUCGACAAGACCUGGGCCAGUCCCUGGGCUGGAGCCGUAUGGGUCGGAGUGCACGACUCCAAUAAGGAAGACCAAAAGACGCAGCUCGAUGGGUUCACCGGGCUGUGGCAUCUUGCCGAGAAGCACCCCGAGUCGAGCGUGCACAAGGCCGAGAUGACGGAGAUUAUGGACAUUGGAUCCCCCGACGAUGUCUGGUACCAGGGCAAGGUGCCCGACUUCCGGUUCCUCUCCAAGGAGGAACUGCCGUCGGGGGCAAAGUACGGCAUGAAGUACAAGACGUUGGUCAUCACCCCGCAAGUCUUUGUGGUGUGGAUGCGAGCGAGGCUCGAAGCUCGAGGUAUCAAGUUUGUGCGAGCCAAUGUUCUCGCCUUGGGUGACUUGAAGCACCUCGGGCAUGACAUUCUCAUUAAUGCUUCGGGGCUUGGAUCUGCCACCCUCAACGACGUCCGGGACCCUCAUCUUAUCCCUUACCGCAACCAGUCUCUUGUCAUCCGCGAUAGCAAGUAUCAAGGUCUCUACAUCCGAAGGGGUCCUAAUGGCUACUAUUCGACUGCGUUCGCACGACAGGACGGAAACGUCUACAUGGGUGGCAUGCUUACCGCUAACAGCACUGAUAUCGUGGCGAAGGAGGAGACUCGCAACAGAAUCAUCGCGCGAGUUCACAACAAUCUUCCGCAGUAUUUCCCAUCCCCCAAGAUUACCGACUAUGAUUUCGUUGGUGAUCAUGUCGGCUACUGGCCCUCGCGUCUCACCGAGCAUGGCGGCAACAGAGUGGAGAAGGAGGUUCUCGACGGCCAGAAGGUCGUCCACGCCUAUGGUCAGUUCGCUGGUGGCUACGUCAACAGCUACGGUAUCGCCCUCAAGGUGAGAAGAUUGGUGGACGAGUUUUUGUAUCCGCUGGCUAGACUGUGA